UGGAGGAGUUUGUCAAUGGAUCACAGCAUCAUGGGUGAAAGACGAGCCUCAGGCCGCUCCAGAUCCAGGAGUGCUGCUUUCACCCAAGCAGCUGUUCAGGACGUCUGCACACAUGAUGGUGAUGGUGAAACCCGGACCGUGAGCCGAGAGCUUCCUGGAUUUGUGGCACCUCUGCCUUCCCUGUUGGCCGAGUCUGUGUCUGCAGAUCAGGGUAACAGGAAGAGGAAGUGGCAGAGCGGCAGCCAGCAAAUGCCCGAAAAUGAGCAUCCAUCCACCUCAUCUAAGAGCUCAGCCAAACGUUCUCGCAGAGAUGAGUAUGUGAAAGGCCCACUGCUGGGACGAGGUGGAUUCGGCUCUGUGUUUUCUGGGAUCCGCAGGUCUGACGGACUGCCAGUGGCCAUCAAAUAUGUGUCUAAAGACCAGACGGACAGGAGACUGAGAGUUGAUGGUCAGGGUCGGCUGCCUCUGGAGGUGGCACUGAUGACCCGCGUCACUUCAGCUCCUGCCUGCCCCAAUGUCCUGCAGCUGCUGGACUGGUUUGACCAUCCCAGACGCUACGUCCUGAUUCUGGAGCGGCCAUCUCCUUGCCAGGAUCUCCAGAGCUUCUGUGAGGAGAACGGCUGUCUGGACGAGUGUCUGGCAAAGAGAGUGCUGGUGCAGCUGAUCAGGGCGCUGAAACACUGCGAGAGCCGCCGCGUCCUGCACCGGGACGUCAAGCCGGAGAAUCUGCUGAUCUCCACAGAGUCCCAGGACAUCAAGCUGCUGGACUUUGGCUGUGGAGAUCUGCUGAAGCGCUCGGCCUACAAAUACUUCUCAGGCACUCUUGAAUACGCUCCACCUGAGUGGUUCCACAGACAGCACUAUCAUGCGGCUCCAGCUACAGUCUGGUCAGUAGGAGUGACCCUCUUCAACAUCCUGUGCGACUGUUUCCCCUUCAGAGGCGCACGAAGGGUCACGUCCAGAAGCAGACUGCACUUCCCCAGAAAGCUGUCCACAGAGUGCCGUCAGCUGAUUCGCUGGUGUCUCAGUCCAGCGGCGGCUGAUCGGCCCAGUUUGGAUGAUAUUGAGAGCCAUCCCUGGUUACAGUGA